CCUCCCGCCGUGGCGCUCGCGGCCCGGCCUGGCCCGGCCCGGCCCGACCGGACCCGACCCGGUGCGGUCCCGCGAGACUCGGGCCGCGCCGCGAAGAAGCGGGACGGAGGCGGCUGCCUGAUUUGUUUGUAAAUGCAUCAUAAACAGACAGCCCAGAAUGAAGAAAGCAAGCAGGAGUGUUGGCUCGGUGCCCAAAGUGCCUGGAGUAAAUAAAACUCAAACAACUGAAAAAGCCAAACCAGAGAACGGCUCCUCAGUGUCUGCAGUAACAAAACUCUCCAAAACCGGGACAUCAGCAUCUCUUUUGAAGGCUAAGAGUAAUGAUGACCUCUUAGCAGGGAUGGCUGGUGGUGGUGGAGUGACAAUGACCAACGGUGUUAAGGUAAAGAAGAACACUUGUGUAGCAGCAGCAGCAUCUUCAGCUCCAGGGAUGACCAUGAACACUCUGGAAAAUAAACCCAAAACCAUUGCAGGUGCAGGUUCCACAGCAAAGCGCAGCACUUCCUCUGGAACUAAAGAGUCCAGCUCCUCCCGAGAGAGAAUGCGCGACCGCUCCCGCUUGAGCCAGAGCAAAAAGCUGCCCCUGAGUGGGCAGGGCGGCGCCGAGGCUGUGCUGGCCAAGCGCUCUCGCAGCCGCACCAACCCCGAGGCCGACGUUCGGAUGAGCAAGUCCAAGUCAGACAACCAGAUCAGUGACAAGGCUGCGCUGGAAGCCAAGGUCAACGAUCUCCUGACACUGGCAAAAACUAAAGAUGUGGAAAUCUUACACCUGAGGAAUGAGCUAAGGGAUAUGCGUGCUCAGCUGGGCCUGAACGAAGAUCAGCUUGAAGGCGAUGAAAAAUCUGAGGAGAAAGAGGCCAUUGCUGUCCAUCAACCAACUGAUGUGGAGUCUACCUUGCUGCAAUUACAGGAACAAAACACUGCCAUCCGAGAAGAGCUCAACCAGCUGAAGAAUGAGAACCGAAUGUUAAAAGACAGGCUGAAUGCAUUAGGCUUUUCCUUGGAGCAAAGGCUGGACAACUCCGAAAAGCUCUUCAGCUACCAGUCUUUGAGUCCAGAGAUUACAGCUGGCAGCCACAGUGAUGGUGGUGGCACUCUGACAUCAUCAGUGGAAGGUUCUGCUCCUGGAUCAAUGGAAGACUUGUUAAGUCAGGAUGAAAACACCUUGAUGGACAACCAACACAGUAAUUCCAUGGAUAAUUUGGACAGUGAGUGCAGUGAGGUUUAUCAGCCGCUUACAUCAAGUGAUGAUGCCUUAGAUGCUCCAUCAUCUUCAGAGUCUGAAGGAGUACCGAGUAUAGAAAGAUCUAGGAAGGGAAGCAGUGGCAAUGCCAGUGAAGUGUCUGUGGCUUGUCUAACGGAACGGAUACAUCAGAUGGAAGAGAACCAGCACAGCACAGCUGAAGAGCUCCAAGCCACGCUGCAGGAGCUUGCGGAUUUGCAGCAAAUAACACAAGAGCUAAAUAGUGAGAACGAAAGACUUGGAGAGGAAAAAGUAAUCCUCAUGGAAUCUUUGUGCCAGCAAAGCGAUAAGUUAGAGCACUUCAGCCGUCAGAUUGAGUAUUUUCGGUCCCUUUUAGAUGAGCACCACAUUUCUUAUGUGAUCGAUGAAGACAUGAAAAGUGGUCGCUACAUGGAGUUGGAGCAGCGCUACAUGGACCUGGCAGAGAACGCUCGGUUUGAGAGGGAGCAGCUGCUGGGUGUUCAGCAGCACUUGAGCAACACUUUGAAGAUGGCAGAACAAGACAACAAGGAGGCCCAAGAGAUGAUAGGGGCGUUAAAAGAACGAAAUCACCACAUGGAACGCAUCAUCGAAUCAGAGCAAAAGAGCAAAACAGCCAUCGCCUCCACCUUGGAGGAGUACAAGGCCACCGUAGCCAGUGACCAGAUUGAGAUGAACAGGCUGAAAGCGCAGCUGGAGCACGAAAAGCAGAAAGUGGCUGAGCUCUAUUCCAUUCACAACUCUGGAGAUAAAUCAGACAUCCAAGAUCUGCUGGAGAGUGUCAGGCUGGAUAAAGAAAAAGCAGAGACACUGGCCAGCGGUCUGCAGGAGGAGCUGGCACACACUCGCAAUGAUGCCAACCGCCUGCAGGAUGCCAUUGCUAAGGUUGAAGAUGAGUACCGAGUAUUCCAAGAAGAAGCCAAGAAACAAAUUGAGGAUCUCAAUGUGGCUCUGGAAAAGCUUCGGACGGAACUAGAUGAAAAAGAGACUGAGAGAAGUGACAUGAAGGAAACUAUUUUUGAGCUGGAGGAUGAAGUAGAGCAGCAUCGUGCUGUGAAGCUUCAUGACAACCUCAUCAUAUCUGAUUUGGAGAAUACAGUUAAAAAACUUCAGGACCAAAAGCAUGACAUGGAAAGAGAGAUAAAGAAUCUUCACAGGAGGCUCCGGGAGGAGUCAGCAGAAUGGCGUCAGUUCCAAGCCGACCUGCAGACUGCAGUGGUUAUCGCAAACGAUAUCAAGUCUGAGGCCCAGGAGGAGAUAGGAGACCUCAAGCGUCGACUGCACGAAGCUCAGGAGAAGAACGAGAAGCUCACCAAAGAGCUGGAGGAGAUCAAGUCACGCAAGCAGGAAGAGGAGCGUGGUCGAGUGUACAAUUACAUGAAUGCUGUAGAGAGAGAUCUGGCAGCUCUGAGGCAGGGAAUGGGCCUGAGUCGCAGAUCCUCCACCUCCUCGGAGCCAACUCCCACUGUAAAAACACUCAUCAAGUCAUUUGACAGUGCUUCCCAAGUUCCAAGCCCUGCUGCUGCUGCCAUUCCUCGCACUCCCCUGAGCCCGAGUCCCAUGAAAACCCCCCCAGCUGCUGCUGUAUCCCCCAUGCAGAGGCAUUCUAUAAGUGGACCAAUCUCAGCUUCAAAACCCCUUGCCACACUGACAGACAAAAGGCCGAGCUACGCUGAAAUCCCUGUCCAAGAACAUUUGUUGAGAACAUCCUCUACCAGCAGGCCAGCAUCGCUGCCAAGGGUGCCUGCUAUGGAAAGCGCCAAAUCUAUUUCUGUCUCUCGCAGAAGCAGUGAAGAAAUCAAGAGGGAUAUCAGUGCCCCAGAUGGAGCAUCUCCAGCGUCCCUCAUGGCAAUGGGCACCACCUCCCCACAGCUGUCACUCUCCUCUUCCCCAACAGCCUCAGUCACCCCUACCACCAGAAGCCGAAUCAGGGAAGAGAGGAAAGAUCCCCUGUCUGCUCUAGCCAGAGAAUAUGGAGGAUCCAAGAGAAACGCCUUGCUGAAGUGGUGCCAGAAAAAAACAGAGGGCUAUCAGAACAUCGACAUAACAAACUUCAGCAGCAGCUGGAAUGAUGGCUUGGCUUUCUGUGCAGUGCUGCACACUUACCUCCCAGCCCAUAUUCCCUACCAAGAACUAAACAGUCAGGACAAGAGAAGAAACUUCACCUUGGCUUUUCAGGCAGCUGAGAGUGUUGGCAUCAAAUCUACUCUGGACAUCAAUGAGAUGGUGCGAACGGAGCGUCCCGACUGGCAGAAUGUCAUGCUGUAUGUUACAGCCAUUUACAAGUACUUUGAGACCUGAAACCCCCAAAACUCAGCAGAUCCGUGGGAUAGAACCAGCAUGAGCUACCAGAUGGAAAUCUUCCUGAAACACCAAUCCCCAUUUCACUGAAAACUGGCAACAUUUGAAUCCCCUCAAACUCCAGUGACACUAUCCUGGAUUGCCUCGGAUUGCUUCAGCUACUAAGCCUGGAGAGCACUGUGUAGAGCAAGAACUCAUUGCCAUAGUGCUCAGAAUAACCCAAGUUAUUAAGCUAUUCAGAUUAAGUAGUCUAAAGAGCCUGGACUACUUCUGUGCUGCCUUGCCAGACAGACUCCCUGAAGCUUUCUUUCCUAGGAGAGUGAGAUGGAUGGGUCCUCUGUGGGACACUGAAUGUACAGCUGAGCUGCAAGAAGGCAACGCCUAACAUCGUAUCACUCAACUUCCUGUAGCAUCUGGAUACCACAGAGUCUGAGUGUUCUGCCUGUGGCACCCUGAUACAGUAGAGUCCUUCAUGGCAAUUUAGUUACUGCCUUCACAGCUAUUUCCCUCUCACAUGUGCACAAUAUUCUAGGAAAACAAGGAGAAGAAGCUUUUGUUCCGUAGCAGCAGGAGCGCAGAAGCACUCUCGAUACCUCGGAAAGUUUGCAACAGAAGAACUUGUCAUUCUAAAGCUUCGUUUUGAGCCUACCUCUGUCACACUGAUGUGGCUUCCAACCUUAUCUUACAGAUUGUAGUGACUAGCACACACAGCUCCUGCUUUCCAGGGUGUGCUGUACUUCAAGGAAUCUGUCCAUACUCCCUGUGCUUCCAUUGCAACAAAGGAAUAGGUAAUCAGCCCCUCUCUGGCUGCUCCUUUCCCCUCUUCCUCCUUUGCCUGUGCAGCACACAGCUACCCCAGGCUUCAAAGCAAUACAAGCCUGCAGCAUGGAUUUCUGUGGCAGAAUUUUGGAUCUGGGAUAGGAUUGCCUCUGCAGAGAAGAUACUGUCACUAAGAUGUAACAAUGAAGUAGUUUGUCUCAAAUUCCAUCUUUGCCAUGUGUUCUGUGUGGUUUUGAAUGCUCUUGCACAUCCUGAUCCCACUGACAGAAGGUGAGGUGUCCUCUGGCGGCAGUUCUGGAGGAACCGAUGUCAUGUGCGAACGCCCAGGAGUCCUGAGCGUGGUGUGGAAACCACUCAGUCGCACAAAGACAGAGCCGUGAACUUUGUAGCCUGCUCAGCUUCUGCUCUCCUGGUGUGUACCUGAGUUCAUGUGACAGCUCUGGGGCAAAAGAGUUGAAGUAAGUGCCUUAGUGAUCAUUGGAGUGGCACAUGCUGGCACUGCAGGGCCUUGUGGAGAGUGCCCAUGGCUCACAGGGCUCUCCAUAGCCAUUUGUCAUACUCUGUGUGCUGUAAUCUUGUUUGUCAGAUCGAGGGAAGACUUUGCUCUGUCAUUGCUUCUGCCUCUGAUUGUUCUGCAUACUUAUCAGAGAUGAACAUCUCUCAUUAAUAUUAAGCAGAAGCCUACUUUAGAAGUGAGCUCUGUAGCAGCUGCUAUUUAUAAGCACACACUCUUCCAACACACUAACCCUCUUACAAAGAAAGUGAAUCUGCCAUUCCUAUGGUGCUCUCAUAACUGUUAAGGGCAGUUUGAAUGUCACAGAUGUUAACUCAGUGAGUGCAGUCCUGCUCGGCAUCUGUGAAACUUUACUGUGGUGUAAAAGCACAGAUUUCACUCCAAGUUAUUGCCAAAUCCUAACCCUGUCAUCUGAAGAACAUAGCCCAUAUGAAGAGCAAUCAUUCAGCAUGUCCCUAGCAGCUAACAUUGUGUUCAGAUGCACUCUUACACUGAUAUGUGCCUGUGGGAACUAGAGGUCUGCAAAGCAACUGCUUCAUGCUGGAGGCCUUGGGAGAAGUUUCAGAGCAGCAGUGUCCUGUUCUUUAGGAUCCUAAGAGUGGUUAAUACUCUCAGAUCAUUAAUUGGUGCAUUUGAAGAGCCCAUGUAAUCUAAAGGCAAUUACUGCAAGAGAGAGGUCAAGUGAAAAACCUUCACUGACAGAUUUUAGUGGAAGUCUGAAGUAUUAUUUCCUCUCCUGUGUAUUUCUUACUUCAUUUCUUCCAGUGAGUUCCAGCAAGAGCAGGCUUACUGGAAACACAUCACUGCUGCCUCGCUCUCCAGCUCCUUCCCAGUCCCAGGGUUUGCCAGUUUCUGUUUCAAACCCUUCUAUUCUCCCUCUGAACAGAUGUCCUCAUCUGUAAUUGUCUUAUUCAUUGCCUUAGAUAUUCAGAAAAUACUUCUCUAGCAUUUCUUGGUCUGAGCUGCCUCCUGCCCUGUUUUGGUGAGGCCAUUCUUGCUAAUGGGCAACUUCAUUUACUUGGGCAGUUGUAUUAGCCUUGGCUGAAGUAGCACCAACAGUCUAACCAUUUGGGAAUGGGGACAUGGCAGCUUCCAGGCCUUCCUAUUAAAAAUAUGAACUGCUGAGCUUCAGAGAGAGAGAGAAACAAGUUGUGACAAAAGUGAUCUUGUUGGAGCUCUGUAAACUUCCACUUGGUGUCACCUGCCUGAUGAACCUCUGCUGAAUUCCUGUCUGCGAAGGACUAUUUGGCUUCCUGAAGAGCAUUUUUAUCUAAUGACAUAUCUGAGCCUUUACAUCUAAGGUGCUGUACAGCUGGCUGAGUGGAAGAUGUACCCAAACAUGACUGCUGGCUGCACUCCACAACGUGGUGUUUCUGCAGCUUCCAACCACAUCCAGAUUUUCAAGAGACAGAGUAGCUGUAGCCCUUCUGGAUGUGGACGAUAGUUUUGUGUUUGGUUCCUGCUCCUAAGUUAGCCUGAGAUAGCCUGGGUUUGUACAGCUGAAGUGCGAGAUUAUGCCCAUUUACUUUCUUUUUAAUCCAGAAAAUACUUCUGAAUGUACUAAAAAAAUAGGAUAAAUGUUUGUCAUCCAUUUCUAUUAUUGCAUUUUAAGAUGUGCCUUGCAAGUUCCUGUGCUGUAGUAUAUCAGGGCUACACAUUGCCAGCUGAGAGGGAGGUGGGCAACAGAAGGGAGCUGUUGAACAUCUGGAUGCAGACACAGCUGUGUCAUUUUCUGAGUCCUCUUCACUGAAACAUGUCCUUUGUCUAAGUUUGCUCUGUUGUAUUCUCUGCUUUCAGUUUCUGUGUCAUGCACUCUGUGGCUGUCAAAGCCAAGGCGUUCAGGAUCUGAGACAUGCAGCAAGUGUGCUUCUGGUAAUUAAUGCUGACUAACAGCAAACACCCAGGCUUGGACAGCUCUGGUUUCUGCCAGGGGCUCCAGAGCAGUGUCUUUUCUUCCUUAGCUAUUUGUGCUUGCCAGUUUUGGGGAUGCAAUACACUUGAACUCAAUUUGACAAGGCUACUGUCCUGGCCUGCCUAAGCGAAUUCGUUCUGUGCUGAUGGAAUUGGUUCCUCACACUGAAACCUCCCCAGACCCUCCAACAGAUGACUUCCUUCCAACUGACAUUAGCUUUUGCCUGGAAUAUUCCUUCCCCUUAGGCUGCUGCCUGCCACAGAGUUGCAGGUAAAGUUGCUGCCAGCUGCAGCAGGGCUCGUGGGUGCACAGCAGUGGAGUCAGUGGCUCCUGUCUUCAGGGGGUUUCACUGUAGCCAAAGCCCUUACUUGGAGCCCAGGUGUGGCACGUUUGUUCUCCCCUGGGAAGCAUGCUUCUGUUCCAUGUUUUGAUGAGAUUGUAUUUAUGGAAAUGGAAAGGAAGAUGUCCUGGAGCUAGUUUUGUUGCACUUUUCUAUGGCUUUUGUAUUUUACAUAGAGUUCUAGAAUAUGAACAAGUGUUGGGGGAGGUCAGGCCUGCAAACCUGCUCUGCCUCAGCACGGCAAUGUACUCCAUGCAUCUUCAUUCUAGUGACAUAGAGAUUGUUUUAACUGCAUGUAACUAGUUUAUUUAUAUGGUAGUUAGGAAGCCCAGUGGACAUUUCCUGAUGCAGAGGAGCCAUUGGCAGUCCUGGUUGCACAGUUGGAGACCUGGCCUGUCUUGACAGUGGGCUGCGUUUGCAGUAAGGGACUAGUCCUGCUCUGGUUCUGAACGCUAGUUCAGCACAUGGGGAGGAAGAGGCUCUGCCUUUUGUUUGUUCCAUUGUUGAAAUCUCUGGAGGUGUUUCCAGGUUUCCAAUGAUUGCAUAUGUUAAUUGGGAUGAUUACUUGGGAAUGAGCUCAGUAAAGAGGACACAAGUACAUGUAAGAUGCUCGAGUAAUUCAUCCUUGUGGCUCUCAACAUUUCAGAACCGUUUGGGUUUACACUAGUGCAAGGAAAUUUUACUCUCUGAGUAGCACUUUUUAUACAGAUCUGAAGGGGGGGUUGAGCAGAUUUUUUUUUUCUGUAUAUUAUCUAAUGGAGAGAAAGUAUAAACACUACUAAGUAGAGCAUUAGACUGGUUAGCCUUCAGACUGUUAGAUCACUUUAGGUCAGUAAUGAUUUGAGUUGUUCAGUGCAGCUGAAAUAGAUCAGUGAGCCCAUUUAAGGCUGGGCAGCUUUCCAGAUCAAAGUCAGAAGGGCAUUAAUUGCCACCCUCCAGCUCUCGGAUGAGGGUGCUUUCAGUUCUGGUGUGAGGCAGAACUGACACAACAGUGUGAGGAGUUUUGGACUCCAGUGAAGAGCAGACUUGUAUGGAUCUUUGUCUGACUUCAGAGCACCAUUCUGGCUGAGGACUAACCUAACCUUGUUUGAGAUGACACUGCAGCCAGUAAUAGUACCUUCUAAAGAGCUUAUUUAAAGCUUAUUUUCCAUGGCAUUUAGAGGUGAUGUAGAAACCACUCAUUCUUAAAAGCUUUUCUCAUCCAUCCUGCUUUUCUGAUAUGUAUUGGGUUUAUGGUCCCUUGAAACACAACUGCUGGACUGACCUGCCAGCAUCUGGCUGGGCUGAGUGAUUCUUGUUCUAGACAACAGGUACUUUCCUUUUCCAGACGCCUUUCGGGUGGUUUGCACACACCCAUUGGCCUGUGUGGAUGUCUGCCCUGUACAGAGAGUCUUUGCACACAUCCUGUGUGCACCCAGAUGUGCUCAUCGGCAGGCUCUCAGUGCCACCAGGCGCUUCCAGAGGUGCUCCUCUCCUGAGCACUUGCUGUAUAUGUUGAAAAGGUAAGGAGGGAGAAAAUAUUUUGCUUCUGGUUAGAGCUAAGAAAUACAGGUUUGAGAAAAAUGUUUAGGUCUGCUCCAAUUGUAUUUCACCUGUUUCUGAGUGGAAAGGCAAAAGCUGUUCCUCACUGGGACUUGAAAGGUCAGCAAGCAUAUUUUAAGCUAAACUUUUUGGAGGACCAAUAUGCUUUUAGUUGCAAGGACCACUAAAGAUCUGGGCAUUUACUUUCUCCAUAAUGUAUUCUGUAUGAGUAUUUAGUAUGUAUGCCUUCAAUUUGCCAAUGUUGCCAUGUUUUCUUCUUAUUCAUGAAAUAAAGAUUGCAGAUAGCAAAA